AUGGGGAUCCCUCCUUCGAAACCACAGCCAACCCAACUGCUGGCCUGGUUGCUGGAUUAUCAAAGAGCAUUCGAGAAAUUGAAGCAGCUUUUUGCAGAGGAGCCAAUCCUCCAGCACCCCAAUCCGGAAAGACAGUUCAUCGUCCAAGCCGAUGCCAGCGAUGUAGCAGUGGCAGCAGUGCUUCUGCAAAAGACUGGUGGCUGCCAACAGCCAGAGCACAAGGCUGCACCACCUGCAUCACCCCUCUGCCAGCCUGCCCUCUCUCGCUUGUCCACCUCGUCAGGUUGUGGGAGUGCCUGGCCUCCCAGCUCCCCCCACCCUCUGGAAUGGCAGCGGCAGCACAUGUGGCUGCAAGAGGAAGAGAGGCUGGGGGUAUCUCUGAGUGUACUCCCAAUGUAUUUGAGUGAAAUUUCUCCCAAGCAGAUCCGUGGGUCACUAGGACAAAUUACAGCAAUUUUCAUCUGUAUUGGUGUUUUCAGUGGACAGAUUUUGGGGCUACCUGAGAUAUUUGGAAAGGAGUUCCUGUGGCCUUAUCUGUUUGCAAUGAUUAUUGUUCCAUCAACUCUCCAAAUUGGAAUCCUGCCUUUUCUUCCAGAAAGUCCUCGCUUCCUCUUACUUGAAAAAAAUGACACAAAAGCAGCAGAAAAAGCAUUUCAGAAGUUCCUUGGAAAAUCUGACGUGUCACAUGAAAUAGAAGAAGUUCUGGAAGAGAGUCGGGUACAGAGAAAUACUCAAGUAGCAUCUGUAUUUCAACUUUUUUGUGACAACACUAAGCGGUGGCAGAUUCUCACUGUAGUUGUAACCAUGGCUUGCUAUCAACUUUGUGGCCUUAAUGCUAUUUGGUUCUACACAAAUGACAUUUUCAAAGGAGCUGGCCUAAAUCCUGAAAUGAUACCAUAUGUUACCUUAAGCACAGGAGCUGUGGAGAUCUUGGCUGCUCUUUUCUCAGGUUUAGUGAUUGAAAGAGUUGGGCGCAGACCUCUUUUGAUUGGGGGAUUUGGUUUGAUGGUUUGCUUCUUCAUCAUACUUACUAUGUGUAUGAGUCUACAGGAUCAAGCAGUCUGGCUUCGAUAUCUCAGUAUAGUCUGCAUUCUUGCAAUCAUUGUCUCAUUUUGCAUCGGACCAGGUGGAAUUCCAUUUAUCCUCACUGCAGAGUUCUUUCCACAGACUCAAAGGCCAGCAGCGUUUAUGAUUGCAGGAAUAACCAACUGGCUCUGCAAUUUCAUAGUUGGACUACUUUUCCCUUUCAUUCAGGAAGGGUUGCAAACAUACUGUUUCCUGGUUUUUGCUGCCAUCUGUCUUAUUGGAGCCACUUUCCUUUUCUGUGUUUUACCCGAAACAAAAAAGAAAACACUUGCUGAAAUCAACCAGGCAUUUGCCAAGAAGAAAAUGCCUCUGGAAAUCCAUGAAAUGGGUCAUUUUGAUCCUAAGGGAAAAUCAAGUGAAGUACAAGAAUCCAAUUUUUGUCAUUCAUUGGGAAAUGAAAAAAACAAAAGUGAAAUGGCCUAAAUUCAAUUUUUACAUUUUUUUUUUUUGCAUUUUAAAAAGCUAUUUAUUAAUUGUCGUGGUUGGAGAGAAGUUGUGACUAGAGUUGAUAAAGAGUCAAAAAAUGGGGAAUUGGAUUAUUUGAACAAGAUCAUUGAUUCAUUUAACUAUGCAAAUUCACAUCUGAGCAUUGAGGCAUAUUAAGUAGCUAUCAUUUCCAAUGAAACUUCCUUGAUUAAUUGUAGGAGUGCAGUUGACUUUUACUACUAGUUUGGGUUCAUGGUUCAAGCAUGGUUCAAAAACCUAUUUUUUAUUUACAACUUUAAUUAAAAUUCAGAUUUUUUUAUAGCGAAGAUUGGAUUUAUGGAGGGUUUAAACCUUUUGAGGUCAAUGCUAAAAUAAUUUGUCCCAUAUAGAUAACUUCUUAGACUCAUGGCAAUUCUAUCUAUGAGGACAUACUUAAAUCUCAGAUCUUCAGUAUCUUUUUCUCUUUAAAUAUAAUCAGGGUUUUAGGUUUUUGCGGACUAUUUUUGUUUUACAUCUUUGAGUGGCAGUUACUUUGUAAAUCUAGUGCUUACAGUAUCUUUAUCCCAAGUCAGUCCAAUGAUGAAAACCUAUCUUGCUUUGUGGUUCAUCUUUAUCAUUAUAGUGUAUUUUAAUACUGUAUUUUUAUACUGUAUUUUUCGGAGUAUAAAAUGCACUUUCCCCUCCUAAAAGAGGGUGAAAAUUUGGGUGUGUCUUCUACACUGAAUGUAACCCCACCCACCCACUGGGCCCCACCCUUUUGGAGUUUUUGGAGGCUGCAAAUGGAGCCUCCCAAACAGAGAACCUCUCAAACAGCCUCCAAAAGGUCCGUUUGAGAGGCUGCCUUUGCAAAGAGAAGCUCCUUUGCAAACGGAGCUUUUGGAGGCUACAAACACAGCUUCUCAAACGGAGAGCCUCUCAAGCAGAUUUGUUUUUUUAUUUUCCUCCCCCCAAAAUAAGGUGUGUCUUAUACUCCGGAGCGUCUUAUACUCUGAAAAAUACGGUAGUUUUAGUUACAUAAUGCUGAACACAAGAAUGAUGUGUUACAAACUAUGAAAGAUGCAAGAAUAGGUAAGCUGUAUUGGGGUGAGGCAAUUUUAACUGCCACUUAUGUCAGUGUUUGUUGCAAAAAUCAAAUCCAGAAAGCACACACAGGCAGACUGAUGCAGCAGGAAUCAUUAACUUCUUUAUAUACACAAUGUUGUGGUCCACCAGCAGCCUGCGAAGCUGGCAGCAGCGUUGGAGAGUGAGGAGGCUGGGGAGGACCAUGGGCCAGUCCUGGAGUCUGGGGAAGGCUCGGACAAGGGCUCUGCGUUGGAGGCAGAGAAAGGGCCAUCUGGGAGGUACGUGCUGCUUCUAGAGCCUCCAGAGUCAGACCUCAGCGAGGCAGAGGAACAGGGGGAACCUGUUCCCAGUGUGCGCAUGCACACAGCUGCCAGAAGGCAAGAACAGUUAAAACAAAAGGGAUGACUUGGGAGUAAGGCUGGGAGAUGAUUGGCCCCUCCCAUAAGACUUAAAAGAGGAGCAAAGGCACGUGGGCCUUUGCAGGAAGCAAUGUUUGUUCAUUCGGUUCAGCCUAAAGCCUGAAGCUCUGUUUUAUUCUGGACUCUGUGUGGCUUUGCCAAUUAGGUCUUUGGCAGCGUGUCAAGGGAGAUAAAGGUUGGUGAUUAUCCCGAAGGACUUCUCCCGAAGGACUCUCUACAACUAAUUAGGACUCAUCUGUGAAUGAACAGAAUUCAUAGCUGUUGCAAUAAAAGAGGUUUUUGGGACUA